AUGGAGCAAAAAACGCAGGAAUAUUUAAACACCCUGAAAAAUGAGCUGCGGGAGGCCGGGUUUUCUAAAACCGCUGAGGUGGUUCAAAUUUCCCUUAACGAGUACUAUCGUCGGCAUUGGUAUGAGAUGUCGAAGGCGCUUUUGGAGGUGAUGCGGGACUCCGCGGUGCUCGCACGCGCCUACGAUCUUCACGAUAAUGUGCUGCGUAAUAUCCGCGCGGAUAUUUCCCCCAUAGUUUAUGUAAAACUCAUCUACUCCGUCGUUUUUUCUCCGAAUGGAAGCUUGGAAAAGGGAUUGGAUGUUGUAGAAGGGGCAUCUGCGUGUCUUUUAGGGGGUGGUGCGGUGCAGGAAAAGCAUGCCGUGGAGUGCAUCCGCGCGAUGCUUCUGCUUUCCAGUAGUAGCAGCAACGGCAACAGCCUCACUUCUUUCAAUCAGAACGAAGAGAGCCCAGCGUUGGUGACGGAUCCUGGAAGUAAUUUCUACAUCGCGCGUAAGCUUCUGGAAGAGCUUAAUACCUACAUUGGGAGCUUGCAGAUGCACGAGUUGGAGCCGCUUCUUCUGAUGCUUUAUUGUAAGGCUCGUGGAAAAGAUUAUGAGCUACGAAAGGAAUAUACCCAGUACUAUAAAAACACAUUUGAUAUUGUAACCUACUCAGAAAAGGCGGAAAUGCCGCUGCUACCUGAUGAGAUGGAUGAGCUUGCCUUCAAAACUGCUGUGGCUGCGCUUUUGUCAGACGAAAUCUUUAAUUUCGGCAAAUUUCUCAACAACAGUUUGUUGGUAACUUCAUUAGAAAGCUCGGCGAAGCAUCGGUGGGUUUUAGAAUGGCUACGUCUUUGCAAUGAGGGGAAUGUCGAGGGUUUCCAGCAGUUUAUCGACCUCCAUCUAAACGAAAUCCAUAACAUCCCCGAUCUCGCCGAGGCGGUUCCCACGGCUCUUCGGCAAAAGGUUCGCCUCACCGCACUUUUGCACUUGGCCUUUUACACCCCUUUUAACGAGCGGACGUUUUCCUUUAAAACAAUCGCCAAUCGCUGUAUUGUUGGGGAAGGGGAGGUGGAGCCACUCCUGUUGACGGCGCUCGCACAUGGCAUUGUUCACGGCAAAAUUGAUGGGUUAAAAGGCGAAGUUCGUAUUACCUGUGUUGAGCCACGAGUGUUAAGGCUGCAGGAGUUAAAGCAGCUCGCCGAACAUAUUGCAAGGUGGCGAACGCAGGUGGUGGGAGUUUCCUCGUACGUUUCUAAGAUGGUAGAACAGAUUCACAACUAA